AUGGAUACUCAUUCUUUAGUUUUAGAUGAUACUUCUGUUACUAUAUCAGAACAUCCAUUAGUCAUUGGUCAAGAGUUUCCAGAUGUGGAAACCUGCCGAAGAGCAUUGAAAGAUAUUGCCAUAGCUAUGCAUUUCGAUCUUCGGAUAGUUAAGUCAGACCGCAGUCGUUUUAUAGCAAAAUGCUCCAAAGAAGGGUGUCCAUGGCGUGUCCAUGUAGCAAAAUGUCCUGGUGUUCCUACUUUUACUAUAAGAACCCUACAAGGAGACCACACUUGUGAGGGAGUUCGCAACCUUCAUCAUCAGCAGGCAUCAGUAGGUUGGGUUGCAAGGUCUGUAGAAUCACGCAUUCGAGAUAAUCCACAAUACAAACCAAGGGAAAUACUGCAAGAUAUUCGUGAUCAGCACGGAGUUGCUGUUUCUUACAUGCAAGCUUGGCGAGGAAAGGAGCGAAGCAUGGCUGCGCUUCAUGGAACAUUUGAAGAAGGUUACCGUCUUCUCCCUGCAUACUGUGAGCAAAUAAGGAAAACGAACCCUGGUAGCAUUGCAUCUGUUGGUGCCACCGGACAAGAAAAUUGUUUCCAACGCCUGUUUAUUGCUUACCGUGCAUCAAUUUAUGGGUUUAUAAAUGCUUGUAGGCCUCUUUUAGAGCUUGACAGAGCACAUCUUAAAGGAAAAUAUCUAGGUACAAUACUUUGUGCUGCAGCUGUUGAUGCUGACGAGGCUUUGUUUCCUUUGGCUAUUGCUGUUGUUGAUAUUGAAAGCGAUGAAAACUGGAUGUGGUUUAUGUCUGAAUUACGGAAACUUCUUGGAGUAAACACCGACAACAUGCCUAGACUUACAAUACUAUCUGAAAGGCAAAGAGCCAUGGUGGAGGCAGUAGAAACACAUUUUCCUAGUGCUUCACACGGUUUCUGUUUGCGUUAUGUAAGUGAAAAUUUUCGCGAUACUUUUAAAAACACAAAGUUGGUGAACAUCUUUUGGAAUGCUGUUUAUGCCCUUACAGCUGCUGAAUUUGAAAGCAAAAUUACUGAGAUGAUAGAGAUUUCACAGGAUGUUAUAUCAUGGUUUCAACACUUCCCUCCCUAUCUUUGGGCUGUUGCAUAUUUUGAUGGUGUUCGAUAUGGCCAUUUCACACUUGGGGUAACUGAAUUGUUGUAUAACUGGGCCCAAGAAUGUCAUGAGCUCCCCGUUGUGCAAAUGAUGGAAUACAUCCGCCAGCAGAUGACAUCUUGGUUUAAUGAUCGGCGAGAUGUGGGCAUGGGGUGGACUUCAAUUCUUGUACCAUCUGCUGAGAAGCGAAUUUCGGAAGCAAUAGCUGAUGCUCAUUGCUACCAAGUACUUCGAGCAAACGAAGUUGAGUUUGAAAUUGUGUCAACUGAAAGAACCAAUAUUGUGGAUAUACGAAGUCGUGAGUGCUCUUGUCGCCGAUGGCAGUUGUAUGGUUUACCUUGUGCUCAUGCUGCUGCUGCACUUAUUUCUUGUGGGCACAAUGCCCAUAUGUUUGCUGAACCAUGUUUCACUGUACAAAGUUACAGAAUGGCCUAUUCACAGGUGAUAAAUCCUAUUCCAGACAAGAGUCAAUGGAGAGAACAUGGAGAAGGGGCAGAAGGUGGAGGAGGUGCAAGGGUUGAUAUUGUAAUUCGCCCACCAAAGACUCGCCGACCUCCCGGAAGACCUAAAAAGAAGGUUCUGAGAGUAGAGAACUUUAAGCGUCCCAAAAGGGUUGUCCAAUGUGGUCGCUGCCAUAUGUUAGGACAUUCUCAAAAGAAAUGUACAAUGCCCAUGUGA